AUGACUCUGCGAGGAGGCAUUGAGAGAGUGUGGAUUGGCUGCUGUAGAGGGGUUUGCUCCAGAGUAUUGCUGCUGGCUUGUUAUUUCCUGAUCGCCUUGGCAGCCAAACCGAAAAUGCCGGGCCACACACACAUCAAUUCAAUACGCAUUGAUGGGGACAUAUCUCUGGGUGGACUGUUCCCAGUGCAUGCGAGAGGGAAUGAUGGCAAAGCCUGUGGGGAGCUGAAGAAGGAGAAAGGGAUCCAUAGGCUAGAGGCCAUGUUAUUUGCUCUGGAUAGAAUCAAUAAUGACAAUGAGCUGCUGCCUAAUAUCACUCUGGGGGCACGUAUCCUGGACACCUGUUCCCGGGACACCCAUGCGCUGGAACAGUCGCUGACUUUUGUUCAGGCGCUGAUUGAGAAAGACUCGACUGAUGUCAAGUGUCUCAGCGGAGGGCCGCCCAUCAUCACUAAGCCUGAGAGAGUGGUGGGAGUGAUUGGUGCAUCUGCCAGCUCUGUGUCAAUCAUGGUAGCCAACAUUUUGCGUCUCUUCAAGAUUCCUCAAGUGAGUUAUGCCUCCACGGCUCCCGAGCUGAGCGAUAACACCCGCUACGACUUCUUCUCCCGGGUCGUGCCCCCAGACACCUAUCAGGCCCAGGCCAUGGUGGACAUUGUGAAAGCCAUGCGCUGGAAUUAUGUUUCCACUGUCGCUUCAGAGGGAAACUACGGAGAGAGUGGCGUCGAUGCCUUUAUUCAAAAGUCUCGAGAGGACGGUGGCCUGUGCAUUUCACAGUCGGUGAAAAUACCACGUGAACCGAGAACUGGAGAGUUUGACAAGAUAAUUCGCAGGCUGAGUGAAAACCCCAAUGCCCGAGUAGUCAUUAUCUUUGCCAACGAGGAUGACAUCAGACGACUCCUUCUAGCUGCUAAGAAGGCCAAUCAAACGGGCCACUUCAUCUGGGUGGGCUCAGACAGCUGGGGCUCCAAAAUCUCUCCAAUUCUUAACCAGGAAGAAAUGGCAGAAGGUGCAGUCACCAUCCUACCGAAACGACAGUCCAUCAAAGGUUUUGAUCGCUAUUUCAUCAGCAGAACAUUAGAGAACAAUAGAAGGAACAUCUGGUUUGCAGAGUUCUGGGAGAACAACUUCCAGUGCAAGUUGAGUCGGCACCCUGUGAAGAAAGGGUCUGGCAUCAAAAAAUGCACAAACCACGAGCGGAUCGGGAAAGAUUCUUCCUAUGAACAGGAGGGGAAGGUACAGUUCGUGGUCGAUGCAGUGUACGCCAUGGCUCAUGCUCUACACGACAUGCACAAAGACCUCUGUCCUGGAAAAGUCGGUCUCUGUCCCAAGAUGGAUACCAUAAACGGCACACUACUGCUGAAGUACAUCCGCAAUGUCAACUUCACAGGAAUCGCCGGCACGCCGGUGGUCUUCAACGUCAACGGAGAUGCUCCUGGCCGCUACGAAAUCUACCAAUACCAGAUUGGAAAUAACACAGCCGAGUAUAAGAUCAUCGGUCACUGGACGGACCAUCUCUAUUUAAAUAUCACUGAGAUGCAGUGGCCUGGUGGAACACAAGACGUCCCCUCCUCUAUUUGCAGCCAGCCUUGCCGUCCUGGCCAGCGCAAGAAGACGGUGAAGGGAAUUCCAUGUUGCUGGCACUGUGAGAACUGUGAUGGUUACCAGUAUCAGGCAGACACUUACACCUGCAAGAUGUGCCGUUUUGAUUUACGGCCCAACGAGAAUCACACUGGCUGUGUUCCCAUGCCCAUUGUCAAGCUGGAGUGGAGCUCCCCAUGGGCAGUCAUCCCUGUUCUCAUCGCUGUUCUGGGCAUCAUGGCGACACUGUUUGUGGUUGCGACUUUUAUACGCUACAAUGACACACCCAUAGUGAAGGCAUCGGGUCGUGAACUGAGCUACGUGCUGCUGACGGGUAUUUUUCUGUGCUAUGCUACAACAUUCCUCAUGAUCUCCACUCCUGAUGUGGUAAUAUGCUCACUGCGAAGGAUUUUCCUGGGCCUGGGUAUGAGUAUAAGUUAUGCAGCGCUGCUUACCAAGACCAAUCGGAUCUACCGAAUUUUUGAGCAAGGAAAGAUGUCGGUCAGUGCCCCUCGAUUCAUCUCCCCAGCAUCGCAGUUAGUCAUCACAUUCAGCCUGAUAUCAGUGCAGCUCCUUGGAGUGUGCAUCUGGUUUGGUGUUGACCCGUCGCAAGCCAUCAUCGACUAUGAGGACCAGCGUACAACCAAUCCCAAAAAGUCCCGUGGCGUUCUGAAAUGUGAUAUUUCAGAUCUGUCCCUCAUCUGUCUGCUGGGUUAUAGCAUGCUACUAAUGGUCACCUGCACAGUUUACGCGAUUAAGACCAGAGGCGUGCCCGAGACAUUCAACGAGGCCAAGCCCAUCGGCUUCACCAUGUACACCACCUGCAUUGUAUGGCUUGCCUUCAUCCCCAUCUUCUUUGGGACCUCACAAUCAGCAGAAAAGAUGUAUAUCCAGACCACGACCCUGACCAUCUCCGUAAGCCUCAGUGCAUCCGUCUCUCUGGGAAUGCUCUACAUGCCCAAGGUCUACGUGGUUCUCUUUCAUCCGGAGCAGAACGUGCCCAAGCGCAAGCGCAGCCUGAAGGCUGUGGUCACUGCGGCCACCAUGUCCAACAAGUUCAACCCCAAAGGUGGCCUGAGGCCCAACGGUGAAGCAAAGUCUGAACUCUGUGAAAGUCUUGAAACACAAGACUGUGUUGAGGGUGGGGAGCCUUGUGAGGGACUUUAGACUUUCAGUGCUGGCCUCUAAGCAGACUUACAUAAGCUACAGUAACCAUGCCAUCUAAGAGAGAGAUGAGCCGUGGAGGUGGAGCAAGGGGGGCCGGCCUGAGGAGAAAUCACCUGAUUCUGGGGAAAACUAUGAACUAGGGAAACACAGGAGGAUGUCAAUGUUUCUAGCAGAGAGGAGUCGGUGGAAAGAUGGGAAUUUGUCACUCCAAAAGUAGAAAGGAUGUCUAGCAUUUUCUAAAAAAGUAUUGAAUGUGUCACUUGUGAGUUGGGAGAUGGAAUUGGGAAAUGUCAGGGGGGUUUGGACAGUAAAUUUUCCUCUUCCCACCCUCUUCUGAGACACAUGCGAGUGCUGAGCAGCGACAUUUCCGCAGGCUGAGUGAGCCACCUAAAGCCAACACUAUGUUUUCCUUCUGAAAUGUAUAGCACACGACUUCAGUUCUCUCUGGGGCUGAUUCAUUUUUCUCAUUUCAACAAAAAACAGGGAAAAGAGUGUUUUGUUUUCGCUCUAGUCAAAUGCAGUUUACAAGCAGUAUAAAAAGUUGUUUUGUGUUGUUUUUUUUUUUUGUUUUAGUUACUGGUAUUAUAGGAGUUGAAAGCUGCAGUACUCUUCAAACUGUACAUGCCUUACUACAGUAUAUUCAGUAACACGAGCUGACCACCACAUACAGUAAGAAACAAAGCAGUGGGUGAUCCCAGUCUUUUUUAAAUAAAUGUUUCAUAAUAAUGAUGAUGAUGACGCCACCAUCUUGGCAAAAUCUAGUGUACAGUCCCAGAGCAUGCUUGUGGGAGCAUCACGUGUACUGUGCUGUGUUGUCAACGUCUAUGGAAUGCAACAUUUGUCAUGGUUGUCAUUCACAGUGGAAAUGUCAUGUUGCACCAUUACACACUGGGUCACCCUAUGCUGAAGAAAGACUAAUUUAAAACACUAAAAAGGAGACAAACCUGAAUGGUUUACCCCCACGGUCCAUAAUCUAUUGGCCCUUAUUUAUCAUGCACUUGUUAACGCCCUCUCAACGUUAAGAAGUCAGCUUCAUUGGUUUAACAUCAAUCCAAGGCUUCACUAUUGACCCUUGUUUUCCUCGUUUGCAUAUUUCCUCGUUUAACUGGAGACAUAAUUUUUUUUUUCGCAAGUCCUGCACUUGAUGAAAUGCUUAAUGCUGAAAAGGGAACAACACAAUUAGUCGGCGGUCACACCGGAUGCAUUCAUCUUUAAAACCUUGUUGGUAAAUAAUAUUACGAGCUGCAAAGGGAGAGUAUUACAGUAGGAUUUCCCCUGUGAUUUGUGCGAGGUGCAGAUAUUACCUGUGCUUCUUUUUUUUUUGUUCUCCCCCUCCCUGCAGUUUUUUCCCCUUGCACCAUGAAAUGUGACACUGCAGCAAAAAUUAUUAAUGAAGGUUUGGAUGCAAAAUUAGGAGGACCCAUUUAGAGAUGUUGCAAGCACAGUUCAACCAAAGAUCCAAAAGAUAACUAGAUGGAUGAUGUGCAGCAUAAGUCAGUGAUUUACCUUUUAACAGACUUCUCUGCAGUCUUUGAGAAGUGUAGCUUUCCACUUAUACAUACAUGAUACAGACACUUUAGGACCUUGCUACAGUAAAUCUGCAUUAAGUAACAAGUAACAGAAGUGUAGGUCCUACUAAUACUAAAGUCUGCCGCAUUUAACCUCAUUUAGCUCAUUAUUUGGUUUAUUUAAAUACUCGGGUAAAAUCCUAAUGCUCUCAUCAUCCUCCUGCAGAGCUCUAAAUAACCUUAAUGCAUCACUUCUUCUUUUAAAAGACAAUAUAAAAUAUGCAUAAGAAAGGGUGGCAAAGUGACUAUGGGUGCAUAAUUAUAAGAUGUAAAGUUGAGACCUUGCAACCUUCUCACUAAGAUUUUAUUACAAGUGGAGUAAAUUAUUGUUGUCAACUCACACAAUGUCACAUUCCCCUCCACAGUCCUUAUACCCUGUUGUCCAUUCAGUUUAUGAGGAGGAGCUAUGUCCUCUGUCGAACACUGCCGUGGAGAAGAGAAAAAAAAAAGAAGAAAAAAGACAGAAGGCUAAGGCACAACAUCCAUAUAUUUAAAUCUGCUGAUCUCUCCCAUUGGUUUCUUCAAGUACCAAUAAAACACUCCCAGUUCUUAAAUCUAAAAGUUAAUUUUACAACUAAAUCACUGCCCUGUCCUGACUAAUGGACUACAAACUCAGACUGCAACGGCAAUGGACAUUAAAAUGUCUUUCAUGUACAAAAGAAGAGAUAAAAAAAAAAUAUAGCGGGACAGGAAAUGAAACGUCCAUCGUCCAUAGUUGAGGAGUGCUCCGUUAGUUUACUGGCAAAUAAUGACCACAGGUACUCAGCAGUUACCUCACUCCUUUGGAAAAUUAGUGCUUGAUUGUUGUUGAAAACGGAUCAACAGCUCACUCGAAUUCAGUGUGAUUAAAAUUAAGCGUAAUGCCUGUUGGUUUUGGGUGAGGCUCAAUUAGUAUUCGCUCAGGCGUAGUCACUUUUGGACAGAAAAAUGGGACCCUGAGCUGCAUGCUUGUCCUAGAACAGUCAAAUCACGAUGUUCUUUCAUGCGAUUAGGCGUGACACAAUUGAUCUGAUCACUCAAAAUGUGUAUGAGUGGCAGGUACAAUUGGGAUAUGAGAGUCAUUCCGGGGUGAGACCUGCAGGCAACCCCCUAAAACGGUGAGUGGUUGAAAGCAGAUGUCCAGAAUGACGACACCAACAAUUGCACCCAUGAUGUUGUUUACAUGUCUGUCAUCAUGUCGUGGAACCAGUGAUAUCUGUAUGUUGUGUCAAUAGUGUCUAACGUUUGAAUUUCUGCAUCUAUUUCUGCUUUGUAGCUACUUUUUACAGGCAGUUCAGUUUCACAAUAUAUUAGCGCCCAGUGACGUGCGCCGAGGUUCAUGACUGGGGAGGCACUUCAAUAGAAGCUUAUAUUUCAGUUUUGACUUUAAUUGAAACAUUUAGUUGUUUUAAAAGCUUUUAAUUAUGCUUUAAUCAAUUCCAUACUGUUCAACAAUAUUACAAUAUUUAAAUGUUUUUUGUUUUUUUUGGCUGACCUCUUUUUAUUUUGAAAAUCGUGUAUAGUCUUGUAUAUUGUAAUUCCAUGCGCCUAAUCCUUCUCUAAGAAUAUCUCUUUCACACUGUUGACAGGUGCACGUCGCUGCAUGCUAUUCUUCUACGCAGCGACGCUGUCACCCAUUGUGCCUGUGGGGCUCAGCACUGCCCUCUAUCAGUGCGGCACAUUACUUUCUGCCUCACCCUGAGCAUUUUCACUGCGCAUUUACGGCCGAUCAGAAAGACUAAAUAGGUCACACACAUUCAUUAAAUAUAUUAGACAGACUGUGGAACGUCAGCAUGUGUAGUGCGUGUAUAAUCAAACAAAUAUUGGCAAUAUGAAGAGAGGCAGCAAUGGGCAUGCGCCAACUGCUCCGUCAAAGCUGAGGCAGCGAUGAGCUCUGCCUCAGCUCACCGUUCUCCGGUGUAUUUGAACAGGAAAUGCGUAAAUUCUUUGAUUUUGACCAUAGUAAUGUUGAAAUCAUACAGAAAACAAAUCUAUAGAACAGUCAAGUGGACAAAUUUAUUUCCUUUCAUGAUUGUUAGUAUUUUACUUGUCAGGCUCUGCCUCCCCUGCCUCGCAUGACUGAUUAGUGCCAUGGUUAUCAAACUCUGGUACGUGUACAUGCGUAUGUGAUCGGACUGGAGCUGAGGAAUUGUCACCGGAGUGCGUAUAAAAUUAAACCAAUAAAAAAUAUAUAAAUAAAUAAUAUUAAUUAGAGUCAUCUUAUCUCUCGCUCCAUCUCAAUCUAGUUCCGCUAUACCAGUGUGUGAAGUAUAUGUGAGGAAGAGGAGGAUGAUGAGAGAGCAAAUUAUCUUAUUGGGGAAUAAAUCUGCCUCCUGUGAAAAGAGCGUAGCUGACUUUGCUCAACCUAUUUACACCACUGUACUUAAAACGUUGGCGAUAAUGUCCUUACUUGGAACCACUGUAUUAGUGCAUUUAUAACUGCUUGAUAAAUAAGGGCCAGUACCUUGAUUCUGUGUCUCACACCCAUGAAACGACGACCAUUUUUGUUUCUGUGUCGCAUCCAAUAACCUUUAAGUUUGUCCUGUUGAAAUAUAAGAAAGAAAGGACUAAAUCUACACUUUGCAAUCGUGUGUCGUAACCUUCAUUUCUGUCUCCACGGCCCAUGAAGUAUUUGCCAUGAACACUAAAAAGAAAAUGGUGUCAUUAAAUGUUAAACAUCAGCAAUGCAAAAAUCUGUAUGUUGCAUGUCAAAAACCAUAACAAGUCAGAGAUGAGUGUAAUGUCCAGAAGGAAAACUACUGCAGAGUAUUAUAAAUAAUUGAUAUUUUUGGUUGAAUAAAUGAUCCUCUCAGCUCUCAGCUUCAACAAAAAGUUUAAGAUGUUGCCGCAAAUGUUUUCUCAUCAUUUGAUAAAAAAAAGUAUUGUUUGUGAGAUUGUUUGUGUUUGUGAAUAUGAUAAUUUACUUGCUUUUUUUUGCCACAACCCUUUAUUGUUUUUCUAAAAACAAUUUGUCUGUGUUACAAAAAAUAGAAUAUGUAAGUGCUGAUUGAAAUUAAAUGGCAAGUUAAUGUAUGUUAUUAAAAUGGAUUGAUCAUGUCUGCUUUAUGUACUGAAUUGUUAAAAAAAAGAAAGAUAAAAAAUAUUUACAGUGCCUGGAUAUUUAUGAAUUAUCUAUAGAAAAAAAAAAUGUGUAGAGCAUGUUCAUUUUUAUACAAGAUAUUUCU